UCGAGUCACAUACACUGAUGCGCUGAUGGAAAUACAGCUAGCAUGGGGAACUCAAGCAGCUCGAACAAGAUCUCCGCCCAGGACAAGGCGAUCCUGGAUAUGAAGAACCAGCGCGAUAAGCUGCGACAGUACCAGAAGCGCAUCACUGUGCUGACCAACCAUGAGAAGGCGAUCGCGAAAGAGUGCCUGGCAAAGGGCGAUACAAAUAGGGCCAAGUUGGCGCUCAGGCGGAAGAAGUACCAGGAAGGGCUAAUCCAGAAGACGGAUGCACAGCUGGCGCAGUUGGAGCAGCUCUCCAGCGAUGUCGAGUUUGCGCUCGUGCAGAAGGACGUGUUGUAUGGGCUGCAGCAAGGUACUGCGGUACUGAAAGAGAUCCACAAAGAGAUGGGCGGCAUAGAAAAUGUGGAGAAGCUGCUGGGUGAGAAUGCCGAGGCGAGGGCAUACCAGGAGGAAAUCAGCGAGCUGCUCGCGAACAAGAUGUCGAACCAGGACGAAGACGAAGUCGAGGACGAGCUCGAGGCCCUCGAACAAGAGGUCAACGGCGUCACGCUGCCCGAUCCACCUGUCAAACAGCCCGAGUUCACACCAGAACAGAAAGCGAAAAUCUCGAGAGACCGGGCGCAAAGAAGAGCUCAAGAGCGUGCUGCUGAGCAGGAGCAGACGGCAGAACCCAUGUUGGCAUAAUAGUCAGCGGGCAUAUACGUGCAUUGAGCGAGGCGUUGGGGUUAUUUUGAGUACAGCGAUGGAAAUGGAUAGUUGGCAUGCAGCGUUAUAGAAGUUAUUAGAAGACCAAACGAUGCUACUUGAACUGUG